AUGAAGCCACAAGAAAGCCCCAAUAAAGAGCCUAUUGAGAUAACAUCAUCUUACCACCUUAGUCAGGUAAUCUUUGAGGCAACAAGGAAAGUGUCCCAAGCCAAGCACCCAUUACAAAACAGUGAGAUCUUACAAGAACUUGUAUCUGAAAAGUUCAGAGCUGAUGUCUCACAGCUACCGUUGAAGGAUUGUCUCAAAACAAAUGACUUAAAUGAGGCAGUUAGUAAAUGGAAUGAGCUUUACACAAAUACAUUAAAUGAGCAUGCCCCUUUGAGCAAAGUAAAAGUUAGAUCAAAACCAAAACCCUGGUUUACACACGAACUACAGACUCUAAUAAACAACAGAGACAAUACCAGGAAGAAAGCAAUAGCUACCAAAUCUGAAAUAGUGUGGAAGCAAUACCAAGUGGAGAAAUGGAGCGUUAUCAAGGCUGUGAGAGAUGCACAAGACUCCUUCUUUCAAAAGACACUAACAGAAUUUAAAAACAACCCUAAACAGAUGUGGAACUGCAUUAAGCGACUUGCUCCAACAAAAAAGGAAAGUAACCCUCUUCCACCUGAGUGGUUUUUCUCAGAAAUUGGAAAGAUGACCCAAAAUGAAUUACAGCCGACUGAACAGAGCUUCCCCUUUCCUUUGGACAUAAGAUCUAAGCUCUCUUUUAAAACUGUAAAUAGUGCUGAGGUAAAAAAUUGGCUGCUGAACAUCCCAUCUAAUAAAGCAACUGGUGCCGAUAACAUUGACAUCAAAUCUUUGAAAAUUGUGGCAGACAUAGUGUCCCCAUCCAUUGCAUCCAUAUUAAACCUGAGCAUUGCAUCAGCACAGUUCCCUUCGAUAUGGAAAUCGUCAUUGAUUACUCCAGUCUUCAAAGCUGGAGCUAAAACUGCAAUAGGAAAUUAUCGUCCAGUGUCUGUGUUACCACUUCUCUCCAAACUGAUGGAAAAGGUUGUAAAUUCACAAGUGGCCCACUAUCUGAAAGAUAACAAUAUUCUCACAAAAUUUUACUCUUGAUUUUGCAAGAAUCAUUAAACUCAAACUGCCCUCAUAAGCAUAACUGAUAACAUUUUGUGUAACAUGGACAAAGGCCUUAUCACACCCACAAUACUGAUAGAUUUUAGCAAAGCAUUUGAUAAGCAAACCAUUGACCACCUAUCGAUGCUUCAAAAACUACUAAGGUAUGGUUU